AUGGACUCAGCUGUUUCCGAUUUACCUGCAUCAAAUAGUUUGGGUACACCUGUGCCGGAUGAGAAGUUACAUGUUUUGGAAGUGGCUAUUAUUCAUCCUGAUAGUGCUGCUGGACAUACUCAUACUCAUGUCAAUGCCAGUCAAGAAAAUUCAGAUAAACAAGAAAACUCUCUAUCACUAUCAGUAACGUUGUCGUCAUCGUCAAUAACUGUAUUACAGAUAGAUCAAAGCAUUAAGGUAACUGACCAGGAGGCGAUCUUUUCCCAAAUCGGACCCAGUAUUAAUAAAAAUACCUUCACAAAGCCCAAUAUGCCAACUGAUAGAGGGCAACAAGAAAGUAAAUUAAUAGUUGAUAUCAAACAGGGUGGUAGCAGCAGUAGUGAUGUUGAUGUUGAAAAUAAAGAUGACAAGACAACAGAUGAGGAUAAAGCUUAUGAGUCUGAACCAGCUUCACUUGAUAAAAGUGAUAACCGGAAAAAGUUAAAAAAUCGGACCUUCCGUGGUAAACAGGGAAAAACAAUGUACCCAAGGCCUCGUUCUAAUUCCAAAGAAAUGAGAGAAUUAUCCAGAAAACAUGCACUUCUAGAAAAGAAUUUAAAAAUUGAAGGUUUGCCAGAUCCACCCAAGUUUCGUAAAAGAAGACUAUCUUUAAGUUCAAAUAUGGGGAGACCCCAUGACAAAGAUGUCCAGUUUAAAAGAAAAAGAUUAGGAUCUGUUGAUUUAAGGCCAAGGAGAGAUCACAUGCCUAAAUGGGAGUUGAUGGGUGGUGAUGCUCAUGACCCCUUAAAUCUUAAUGGCCUGGCUCACAGUGAAGAAGGUCGUUUGCUCAACUUAAAAACACCUGAAAGUUCCCCUUUGCCUACACCAGAUUUCCGAAAAAUUGUUUAUGUUAAAGUACCACCAAAUAUAGAAGAUCCUUUAAAUUUGGAGGGCAAACAUGAUCAAAAAGUGAUUGACCGGUUACUAAAUUCUACAAUUAAAAAACGUCACAGAUCAAAGAAGAAAAAGCAUGAAGAUUUACAACAAGCUGGUCCAUCAGGUGCAACUUGUACACCUGCAUCAGAAUCUGUUUGUGGCACAGAUAUAGCCACAGAUGUGGAAUCAGAGUCUCACUGUGAAAUUACACCAAUAGAGGAAGAUACAAGCAUUAAAAAGCCCAAAUCAAUAGAUGUCCCAACACCUACCAAAUCAAACACUUUCAACAAUAGUCGAUCUCGAUCUAGAUCACUAAGCAUGAGCCCUGAAAGAAAAUUCAAGCGUCAACUAAGUGGAAGCAAAUCCAGAACCGGCCCCAAUGAGCCAACAAAAUUCCCAGAGAAGCCCAUGUUCACACUAGGAAACUAUAACCGGUAUUAUGGAUACCGUAACAGAGAUCACGAGCCAGAUCCUCGACUACAAUAUUUUAAUCCCACUUGGUUUAAGGACAAAGAUGUCCUAGACAUUGGUUGCAAUGUUGGACACAUUACGCUUGCUUUAGCUGAACAAUAUCACCCACACAAAAUUCUUGGUAUGGAUAUUGAUGGCAAGCUUAUUCAAGCUGCUCGGCAAAAUAUUCGGCAUAUGUUAAGUCUACGCAGAAAAGAUUCAUCCAAAUACCCUCGUGUAUUUGAAAUGACAAAAGGACCAUUAGAAGCACACCCUCUCAUGGGAUCAUCAGAUCAAUUUCCAAACAAUGUUCUUUUUUUACAGGUGAGUCAAUGUAAUUAAAUUAUUUAUAUAGUUUUUUUUGUGUGGAAUGCAAAUUAUUUUCCCAUAGUCAUAGCAUUUAAAUAUCUAUUUAUUUAAUUAUAUUUAACAUAUUUCUUUAUGUAAUUAUCUUCAUGAGUUAACCCCUUCAUUACUGCUGGUUUUAAAGCAUCAAUUUUUGCUGACUCAACAAUAAAAAAAAAACCUAAAGCUGAAACUUCCGGUAUUUUUUCCAUUCUCUAUCCGAUUCGCUUACGGUAUUAACUUCUCUAUAGAGGAACGAAUAAAGAAAUAUAUAGAAUUGAAAUAUGACGUAGACGUGACAUCCUUGGUAUUUCAGAAAAGUUCUUUGCAUCUUUGUUAUGACGACAAUGUAACGUCCUUGGUAAUUGAAAAUGGGUGAUCGUGAGACCGUGUUGACGUCAUCGGUAACGAAAAGGUUAAGAAAGUUUCAAUAAAUAAUGGUGAAUCUUAUAUUUGGUUUUUAUAAUUUUACAAUUCCUUUAGGGGAACUAUGUGCCAGGAAGUGAAGAAAUCCUGAAUCUGCAGAAGGAAGAGUACGAUAUCAUUCUGGCUCUUUCCAUCACGAAAUGGAUCCACUUGAACAAUGGCGAUAAUGGAUUGAAGCUCUUCUUUCAGAAGAUUUUCAGACAGUUACGUCCUGGUGGGAGGUUGAUUUUAGAGCCUCAGCCCUGGUCAACCUACAGAAAGCGAGCGAAACUGUCCGUAAGUUAGAGUCAUAGAACAUAAUUCUUAUUAUUACUAUGUAGUAAGUCAUCUUAUUUAGUUUUUUUGUUUUUUUACCAUGUUGGCAGCAAAAAAGGCAGUCUAUUAAUACUGCUGCUUAUUGAUAGGAAUAAAUUUAAUUUUGGUAUGAUGCAUUACUGCAUUGUUCAAUAGUUAUGUUGUUUAUUCAUUUGAGAAAUUUUUCAGUUUCAGUUCAUAGAUGUUGAAAAGUCAGUUUUUAUUAUAUUUAAAAUAUAAGAAUUUUAGUAAAUUAAUAAUGUCAAACUUAUUAAAAAUAAAAUAAUUUUGUUCCUUUAUUCAGUCUGAAUUAUUUGCAAAGUACCAGUCAAUUAAGCUUAAACCAGAAGGCUUCAAGCAUUAUUUAUUAUCAAUUGGCUUUGUCAAAUGUGAAGUCAUUGGAGUACCUGUUACCAAAGCCAAAGGUUAGUAAUUAUUUUGCAAAUUUGUAAAAGAAGGAAGACAUUUUGUUUGAAAAAAUUGUUCAUUUACAUUUGCCCCCUUUAACCUAAUCAGUAAUGUUGAAAAUUCAGGACAGGCAUGUUAAACUUGGUAAAACUUUUUUUUUAAACAUUUGUACUCUUGCACUGUUUGUUUAUUAUACUGAUAUUUGUGAAUGACAUGUUUCUUCUUUGUUGUGUAUUUCACUUUCAGGUUUCAGACGUCCUCUGAUUCUUUUUACAAAGGCUGACAGCAAGCAAACCCCCAGCUUAUCUCUAAGUGAGGAGCUAGAUUACAGAGAUGUCUGCCAGGAGUGUGGGAGCACAAACAAAUCAGAGUGUGAGCAUCCUCAAUUUACAGGCAUGAGGCGUGGUCCCUAUGCUAGUCAUAUGUAUGACCACAUAAAUUAUCCAACAAACGCUUCAUCCGAUUCACCCUAUCUGAACACUCAGAGAACUUGUGCUAGUUUUUCAUUUAACAAUGUUGAUGAUGGGGAUGCAACCCCAAUGGAAAUUAGUGCUACAGUAACAGAAAGGUGUGAUCCCAUGGAUGAAACUCUGGACAACAGCAUCUCAAAUUUUGGAAGUGACAGUUUAAGGGGACUAAGUGUUUUGGAUGCAGACAGUAAGUUCAGUUCCAGCAGUAGGUCACAGGUCAGUAAUAUUUCUCAUAGCAUCAGUGGAAGUGAACAUAGCUGUACUAGUUCUAGCUCCAGUGGGUCCGGAUCAACGGGUUCAUCAACUGUCUCCAGUAGUAGUUCAUGUUACAGCCCAAACCCGAACGGGCCCAACGGUGACAUUGCUAGUGAUGUGGAAUAUAGUCCGAGUUUGAAUGGGCCAAAUGGAGAUGUGGUUGGGUAUAGCCCAAAUCUUAAUGGACUGAAUGGUGACAUUGCAGAUGAUAUGGUUGAUGCGGACUGGCCUCAGGAAAGUGUAGCUGGUUUUCUUCCUGUUGUCCCCAACAGUGAGAUUGUAGCUGACAGCCCUGAGCUGAAUGAGCCCAUUGUAAAUAUUGUUGAGAAUGUCUGGGAUGAAAACAGUGAUGAUGUGGGAGUAGUGGUCACAGCUGGAGAGGGGGAAGGCAGCAGCAAUGAGGUAGCUGUGUUAGAUGAAGAAGAGGAUCAAGCCCUUCCUGGACCAAUCGCUAAUGUUGGACACAUGAAUGGGGACCAUAAUGUUGUACAGCACUGGGACAAUGACAAUCAAGAUGCCAAUAUUGAUGCUCCGGUUGGCAUUGCUCACCCCCCAGAUUUGUCAGCUGACAGUAGUGGCACCACAGUUGUUGGGAAUACUGACAAUGGUCUCUGAAAAUACAGUUGUAUAAAUGGAAGUGAGGGGAUGAUUUUUAAAAGAAUCACUCGAAAUGUGAUUGACAAUGGACCAAGAAAUUUGUGCCACCUACAUGAAUUUCUUAAAUGUUAUGGUAAAAAAAUAUGCAGUGGAAGGCAAAACACAUUUUUGUUAUGAGCUUUGUAUAAAGAUUAUUUGUUUGUCCUUUUGUGUCAUUCUCCUUUAUUAAUAACUGUUAUAACAGGUAUGAACACAAAUCACACUUUUUUUUUUAAUGUAUAAUCGUAUAGUAUAAAAGAACAGUAUUUUUAUUUUAUUGCAAUUGGAAUAAUAUUUUUUUUUUUACAUUUCUUUUCAAGUAGCGUGAAGACUGACAAUACUUAGUUUCAUCUGUUGUCUUCAAUUAUGGAGGUGCAAGCUUAAAUUCAACUUAAACUAAUCUUUAAAAAAUUAUAAGCUCACUUUUGUUUAAUGACUUAAGCUGGAUGUAAAUAUCUUUUUUAAAGAGCAAACCUUUUUCUCUUUUUUUUUUCAGCCAAAUAUAUGAUUGGGGCAUUAUUGGGCAAGGUUAAAUGUUACUGUUGAAUUUCACAAAUAUUAUGGCUUUAUAAUACUUUGAAUUGGCAAAUUUAAGCCUGGUGUUGAAAGACUACGAACAUUCUUGUGUGAAUUAAUUUUUGUUUCUUUUAAAAGCUACCCUAAGUUACAGCAACUGUAAUAUCACAACAAAAUUUAUAAUCAAG